AUGGAUAUUAAUAAAUCUUUAGUUAUAGAAAGACCAGACUGGAAAGAGAAGCUGAAAUUCAAAAGCGACGGUUGUCUUACCGAAAAUAAAAAUUUUCUUAAGAAACCAUUGAAUCGAAGAAAAAUAUUUGUUCGCCAGGUUGGUACCCCAAAACGGAAAUCAAAAACUAGCAGUUUUUCUUUUAUUUUACCAUUUGAAAAACUACUUCCUGAAAUAACUUUAGACAGAUGUUCUAAUAAUCACAUGAUUUUAUUGCAAAAAGAAAAAUUGAAUGAAAAAUUGAAAGAAGCUGAAAAGUUAAAUUCCGGAAUUAAACAAUUUGAAACUACUUCCUACCGCAGAGAAAAUAAUUCCCAUAAAUCGAAAAACGAUAAAUUAGAGGAUUUUGAGGUUCCGAGCAAUGUGCAAUCUGUUUCUAAUCUAACUAUAAACUCAUUAACCAGCAACAAAACUUCGUCUGUGAACGUUUAUGAGCACAACAGCUCAUUGGAGAGUUUCUCGGAUGAUGAGUUGACGUUUCGCAAUAAAUGUAAAGCAGAAGUUGAAGCCGUGAGAACCAUCUAUGACCAUUCCAACGCUAACACAGUCAAAAAAAGUAACAUGGGUCUGCGCAAGUCUCAGCAAGAAGAUCUGAAAAGUAGCAACUCCAAUAAAUACGGCAACGAAAAUUUGAAGUUCGGUGAUAACCCCAAAACAACGGACGAUGUAAAAAUUAAUAAUCGUUCAGUCAGAUCUUCAAACGUAUCUGAAAAUGCUUCUAAGCAUUCAAGAAACCAGGCCUCCAUUGAUUCGCAAAAAAUUCCUUCGAAAGCCUGCAACAGGCAUCAAACCGUGCUCCGAGAGAUUGAAACGACGGUCGAACAAUCCACUCGCUUACUCAAGCAAUCAAGUGAAGAUGUAAGAAGUGAAAAAACUUCACGAAAUGUUUCCGUGUCCUCUAGAGAUCGCGAGGAUGUGCUCCAAUCGGCCGAUCGUCAUGAGACAUCUCCUGGAAGUAAAACAUUCACAGAACGGUCGGAACACAUUUUGCGUUACGAUAACGUGACUAAAUCUGAAGAAUCAAUCACGACCGGGCCUUUUUCUGAUGUUAAUGAGAAAAGAAAGGCUUCGAUCGCCACCGACAAAAUUUUCAAUAAUGGAUCAGAGAAGAAAAGUUGGGAGCGUUCCAGAUCAAAAGAUUCAAAUAAAAAAUGUUCAAAAGAAUCCAGCAAACAGCAAAGUAAUUUGUAUAAUCAAUCGAGGCUUCUUGAAGCAAAGCGUGAUGAAUCAUCGCGAAGUCGAUCUCGCGAUAAGGACAACAUCGGCAGCCCCGAAGUCUCAUAUCGUAAUUUGGAUACCCCAAAAAAUUUCGCUAUUGUUCAACAAAUGGUUACAAAUGGAACAUCCUCUUCUGGACGGAGAAAAAAGUCAUCGAUACUAAAAAUUUGCCAAAGAAACAAUAACAGUCCCAGUCCUCCACGAAGUGGAAAAUCCGCCAACACGGUCAGCAGUAGAAAGACAGCGAGUAGCAACUACACGAGAGGAAGACCAUUCAACACAACGGACGAUCAAUACACCAAUUAUUCACGCCCCAACGCUGAGUAUAAUUCGGAAUCUUUGAAACCAAGUGACGAGAGAGCGGAAGAAUCGAUAGAUCCGUAUCCACCUCCGAAUCGACCAAAUGAUUAUUAUUACGAUUCGCCCCAAAGCGAAGAUGCCUAUCGCGGUUCACAAAGAAGCAACGGAAGAAACAGUAGCAGAGAUUAUGAAUGCGCUUACUACGAUGAUUACGAGCGUUCGUCGAGACAACUCAGGAGCAGAUCUGGCAGCAGACGACAAAGUUCUUACUAUGAGGACGAGCCUUACGAAUACGAAGAUGAGAUGUUCUGCUCUCUCUCGACGUCUGAUCGACCCAGUACGUGCCGUCGCUUCAUGCCAAUAGAUCCAUACGAUUUGAAGAUACUUGCCCAACUGUUAAGCCCAAGACCAGCAACUCUUCAACCUCCGCCUCUUGAAAUUGUUCGCAUAGUUCAGUGGUGCGAGACCAGCCCUCAACCAACUCGGCCAAAAUUCAAUAAACUUUUCAAAAUUCUGGCUCCUGCAACAUUUUUCUUCACGGCACUGUUCUACAUUCACAAUGUGAAAUCGAUCGGUUAUAAGUACACAGGAUGUUAUUUGGGCGUCAUUGGUGUGAAAGAAAAAAAAGUGCAAGGAGUUGAAGGAUGCGCUUCUGCUUGCUUGGACGAAAUAUCAAGUCUUAUUUCUUUGAAGGUCUGGUGGUCGGGAAUCCCCGAUUCGCCAGUGACCGAAGUGGUCCCAAAUUUUGUCGUCUCGCUGUUUGAGUUGAACAGAAAACAUUCAAAUAUAGCAAUCAGUAUCUCAAAAAAAUUUGAAGAAGAGUACACCGAUCAUUACAGUCGUAUCAGAUGCGUGAAUAAUGAUGAUAGGAUAAAGCCAUCAAUGAGCUUUGAACUUCCGGAGGUUCUCACAGAAACGCUUUGUGCUGCUACAUGCAUUGAAAAGAAUCGACCGUACGUGGUUAGAUCAUAUUUUGAAUUUCCUGAAUGGACGUCUGUGUUGAGGCAUUGCCAUGGCAGUGAUAAAGUUGUUGCUUCUGGAGGAUGCACAAACAAGUGCGAUCCCGGAUGGUCUGGAAAAUUAUGUAACAUCAGAGACUGCAGUGUGAGCAAUGGAGAUUGUUUAACCGGAUUGAAGUGUCAAGAAUCAGAGACGCCAACAGGUAGAGUUCACGAAUGUUUGUGUCCAGCUGGCCAGGCCAAAACUAAAAAUGGAGAAUGUGAAGAUGUGGCAACGGACGGUAACCUUGUAUUUAAAUACUAUCACACACAAAGGGAGUUGAAUGACAAAGCUUGGUACCUUAUCGACCUGCAAAAUUUUUAUUACGUCGAUAAAGUUCACGUGUAUAAUCAUUUUUUAGAGUGUUGUAAGUGGAAUCAAUUCAGUGAGAGACGGUUAAUUGAGAGUUGGUCAAAGUGA